CGAGAGGGUCAUAGGUAUGGCGGCUUUUAGGAUGGGAAAGUUGACAACCAUGCCUGCAGGUUUGAUCUAUGCAUCAAUAAAUGUACAUCUGGCCAAAGAAGAGGAACCCAAAAAGCAACUAGUGAGACCAGAACAGCUCCCCAUAUAUACUGCACCACCUCUCCAUUCUAAAUAUGUUGAAGAACAGCCUGGUUAUUUACAAAUGGGCUUUGCAUCUAUCCGUACUACAACUGUUCGUUAUCUUGGCUGGUGCAAGGGUGUUUAUAUCUUUAUGAAGAAUGGGAUAAUGGAUACAGUACAGUUUGGAAAAGAAUCAUAUGUCUAUCUUAAGAAUCCUCCUCAAGAUUUUCUUCCUAAAAUGGGAGUGAUUACAGCUUCAGGACUGGCAGGUUUGCUUUCAGCAAGAAAAGGUUCUAGGUUUAAGAAGAUUGCUUAUCCACUAGGAUUGGCCUCAUUAGGAGCAACUGUUUGUUAUCCAGCUCAGUCAGUAAUAAUUGCAAAGAUAACUGGGAAAAAGGCAUAUACUACGAGCCAGCAAAUUUAUCAAGCCAUUAAGUCAUUGUGGACAAAAAGUGGAAAAGAAUCACUCCCUGCACCAAAGGAAGAAACUAAGGUAGGAAGGUCUGAUGAAAUACAUGACAAAACGCCUGACUUGAAACAUUCAGUAUCUUUUUCAAAAGAACUUGCCUCUGCAACAAAGAUUAAAUCGGAACCCACUGCAGGCACUACACAGUUUAUACCUGACCCCAAGCUCAUGGAUCACGGGCAGUCUCAUCCAGAAGAUAAAGAUAUGUACAGCACUAGGAGCUGAAAUAGACUGCCUUGGGAGCCUGCAUAGAGAACCACAAGAUGUACCAAGUGACAAACAAUGGUGAAAAAUGAUGUAAUGAAUGGGUAACUGACAGAACAUGACUAAACAUCUUUCCCUGACAUUUUCAAAUAAAUAUUUUGGCCAAUG